AUGGCUUCGAAACUUUUCGGUCGUCGAGGAACGGUCUCUCACAAGGCAAAUAACAACUUGCAGAAUUUUAUCGCCCCCGACACGACACAAGUCUCUACGAGUACCAUAUCGUCCAGCGACUAUGCUCGUCGCUGUAAAGAGCUGAUGGCUUUGGCCAAGGAUCUUCGCGGGCUCGGCGCCGAAAACUUGAAGUUUUUGGACCUUCCCAGCAUCACGGUCAUUGGUGGACAGUCUGCUGGCAAAAGCUCCCUUGUUGAAGCCGUCUCCGGAAUCACCGUUCCCCGCGACAGUGGCACCUGCACCCGAUGCCCUAUGGAAUGCAACAUGUCAAGCUCCACGGCCUCCUGGUCGUGCAACAUUUCCCUUCGUAUUGAUUACGACUCUCGAAGCAGCCCGCGCGAAACACCAGACACAAUCCCUUUCGGGAGCACCAUCACUAACCCCGCCGAUGUCGAAAUUUGGCUUCGUCGAGCACAAGCAGCGAUACUCAGCUAUCCCUGCUCUCACGAGGAACUUUAUACCAAAACCAAAGAGGAGCUUCGUGCUGAGGAUGACCAGCGUCCACUCUUCUCCAAGAAUUCAGUCGUGGUUGAUAUCAAUGACCCCGAUGUCACCGACAUUUGUUUUAUUGAUCUCCCCGGGCUGAUUCAGAAUGACCGUGAGGAGGUACUCCUGGUCGUUCGCGAACUUGUCGUUUCCCGCAUCGAAAGUGACAACACCUUGAUUCUUGUUACGCUCCCGAUGACUGAGGACCUCAAAAAUCAAGAAGCAGCGCGUCUCGCACACAACGCAGACCCCAACGGUGAACGGACGAUCGCGGUCCUCACUAAGCCAGACAUGCUCACCAAAGGCAACCUUGGACUUCGAAAGACCUGGACCAAUAUUCUGGAAGGGCGUACAGAACGAUUAACCCAUGGCUACUACUGCGUUCGCUUGCCAAACGAUGACGAACGCCUACAGCAUAUCCCAAACGUCAAAGCGGAAGAGCGUGCCAUGGAAUUCUUCAAAUCGACGGAGCCUUGGAGUCGGAUAACUGACCGGUCACGAUUCGGCGUCAACAACUUGACAACAUUUCUCAGUGGACUGUUGAUUGAGAAGAUUGAGCUCAAUUUACCCAUUCUUCGGCAGCAGCUUUCGGAUCUCGUCGCAGACUAUACAAACCGGCUCGAGCGUCUCCCUCCACCCCCGAAUAAUGAUUCUGCUGCCGAGGUUCUUCUUCGCAUCAACGCGUUUGUGCAAGAGUAUACCGCUGCCGUUUUGGGGAACGGGGAGAAGAAACUCGCUCAAGACUGUCGCCGUUAUUAUCGGCAGUUCUCAGUCGACAUUCGCAAAACAUGUCCGCAGUUCAUUCCGUUUGUGCAGAGCGGUAAUCCUUUGGAUUAUAAUCAGGGUCCGCCAGCAGAACCAUGGGACGACGACCUUCCGAGCCCCUAUUCGAAUCACCAAUCUGCGGGAGUAAUACAUAACUUGGUCGAUGUUCGGCGAGUCGUACGCAGUUCUGUUGCCUGGGAGCUUCCUACAUAUACCCCAUAUUCCGCUACCGAGGAACUUGUUGGACAACGGACCGAGCAAUGGCGCGAACCCUCGCUUCGCUGUUUCGAUAACAUCGUGACCACUUCGCACAAGUUCCUAGGGGACCUUACGAAGAAGCACUUUAAUCAAUUCUCCGCGUUGGAAGAGUAUAUUCGGCAAGUACAUAGGCACUGGAUAUGUAUACUCCUUGCUGACGGCACCUUUAGGACCAUCAUCGACACCGAAAUCAAUAGGUACAGGGUGCUAGCACUCGACACAUUGGAGAAAGUUCUCGAGAUUGAAUCACAGCCGCUCUUCACGCAUAACAAAAACUUGUUCAUCGCGGAGAGCAAGAAAUGGAAGGCGCAUUACCUCGGGCGGCGGACCCCGUACCAGUAUCACGACGAAACGGAAGAGUAUGACGAAGAACUCACGCUCAUGGCGAAGGUGCGGGCGUACUGGCAGAUUGCGUACCAGCGAAUUGUCGACUACGUUCCCCUCACAAUCGAACAUGAAUUCAAUCGGCGGCUAGUGGAGGGGUUGCACCAUGCUCUGUUGGGAACACUGGUCAAAGGGGAGGAUGUCGAAGGGCGCAUGCGACGGCUCCUUGCAGAGAACCCAGAGAUCUCCAACAAGCGGAGCUCUUUACGAGACCAGUUGAAGAAGUUGAAUGAGAUUCAGCGUCGAUUUGAGCAACUCCAAUGA